CCACGCUCUCGUGAGCGAGCGCCAGAAGCGCCGCUGCCAAGGCUUGUUGCUCCUCCCGCCGCCGCCGCUGCUGCCACUCACUCUCUUGAUGUAUUUCUUCUUCUCUAUGUGAGCCUGAAGAGAAGAAGAAGCAGCAGCAAUUCUUUUUUCCCCCCGGACCGGACUCGACCCGCGAUGGCGGCGAGGCGGCGCUGGCUCCUCUUCCUGGGCUCCUUUUGGGUCGCGUUCCUCUUGGAGCCGAGUGCCAGCGCCUCAGCCUCGCGAAGCAACAGCCCUUCUUCGCCUCAGCAGCCCGCAGGACCCAGUGUGAAGACUUUUACUCCGUUUUAUUUUAUGGUGGAGCCAAUGGACACUCUGUCAGUUAGAGCUUCAUCUGUUCUGUUAAAUUGUUCUGCUUAUUGCGAAUCAUCUCCAAAAAUUGAAUGGAAGAAAGAUGGGACUUUUUUGAACUUGGGGUCAGAUGACCGACGACAGCUGUUGCCAGAUGGAUCUCUAUUAAUUAACAGUGUUGUGCAUUCCAAGCACAAUAAACCUGAUGAAGGGUACUAUCAGUGUGUUGCAACUGUGGAAAGUCUUGGGACCAUUGUUAGCAGAACAGCUAAACUCACAGUAGCAGGAAUGCCAAGGUUCAUUGCUCAGCCGGAGUCAGCAUCUGUCUACAGAGGCAACAGCAUCGUUCUUAACUGUGAAGUCAAUGCUGACCUAGCACCUUUUGUACGGUGGGAGCUAGACCGUGAGCCUGUCUUUCUGGAUGACCGUGUAUUCAAAUUGCCAAGUGGAGCGUUGAUUAUUAGCAAUGCCACUGAUGAGGACGGUGGAACAUAUUGUUGUAUUAUUGAAAUUGGCGGUUCUCCCAAAUACAGUGAUGAAGCAGUGAUUAAAGUUCUUCCAGAAUCUGAAAUUGUGUCAGAUCUGGUUUUCCUGAAACAGCCUUCCUCACUUACAAAAGUGACUGGGCAGUCUGCAAUUUUGCCAUGUGUUGCUACAGGCACCCCUAUUCCUAUUAUCAAAUGGACAAGAAAUGAAAAAGAGCUUGUUGCAGAAAGCUCUCCAAAGUUUUUGUUGCUGGCUGGGGGUACUCUGAAGAUAAAUGACAUCACAGAAGAUGAUACUGGAGCUUACACCUGCAUUGCAUACAAUGGGAAUGAAACAAUAGAAAUUCAAGCUGAACUUACAGUACAAGCUCCCCCUGAGUUUCUAAAGCAGCCAUCUAAUAUCUAUGCUCAUGAAUCCAUGGACAUCGUGUUUGAAUGUGAUGUGACUGGAAAGCCAGCUCCCACUGUAAAGUGGGUUAAGAAUGGCGACGUCGUGAUCCCUAGUGACUACUUUAAAAUUGUAAAUGAACAUAACCUACAGGUUUUGGGUCUGGUGAAAUCGGAUGAAGGAUUUUAUCAGUGUAUUGCGGAAAAUGAUGUUGGGAAUAUACAGGCUGGGGCCCAGCUGAUAAUACUGGAUCAUGAUGUUGCCAUCCCAACAUUACCUCCCACAUCACUGACCAGUGCCACUACUGACCAUCUAGCACCAGCGACAACGGGACCCCUGCCUUCUGCCCCUCGGGACGUGGUGGCUUCCCUUGUCUCUACCCGCUUCAUCAAGCUGACCUGGAGGGCCCCCGCGUCCGACCCACAUGGAGAUAAUCUCACCUACUCCGUGUUCUACACCAAAGAAGCAAUAAACAGAGAGCGCAUUGAAAAUACAAGUCAUCCUGGGGAAAUGCAAGUGACAAUUCAAAACCUAAUGCCGGAGACAGUGUAUGUUUUUAGAGUGAUAGCUCAGAACAGACACGGAGCUGGAGAAAGUUCAGUGCCAUUAAAAGUAGCAACACAGCCUGAGGUUCAACUUCCUGGCCCAGCUCCCAACAUUCGGGCAUACGCAAAUUCCCCCACAUCCGUCACUGUCAGUUGGGAAACACCUUUAUCAGGAAACGGUGAAAUCCAGAACUACAAGCUGUACUACAUGGAGAAGGGGACAGACAGUGAACAGGACAUUGACAUUGGAGGUCUUUCCUAUACCAUCACUGGCUUAAAAAAAUACACGGAAUAUAGUUUCCGGGUUGUGGCAUACAAUAAACAUGGCCCAGGUGUUUCUACGCAAGAUGUGGUUAUCCGAACAUUGUCAGAUGUUCCUAGUGCUGCACCCCAGAAUUUAACUCUGGAAGUGCAAAACUCUAAGAGCAUUCUGAUGCAUUGGCAGCCCCCGCCUGCAGGAACGCACAACGGGCAAAUUACGGGAUAUAAAAUCCGCUAUCGAAAAGUGACUCGCAAAAGUGAUGUGACGGAGAGCAUUGUGGGGACACAACUUUCCCAGCUAAUUGAAGGUCUGGAGCGAGGUACGGAGUAUAGUUUUCGUGUCGCUGCUUUAACAGUCAAUGGCACAGGAACAUCUACUGAUUGGAUAUCAGCGGAAACUUUUGAAAGUGACCUUGAUGAAUCAAUAGUUCCAGAGGUUCCAAGUUCCCUCCAUGUCCGGCCACUCGUAACAAGUAUUGUUGUGAGCUGGACUCCACCAGAAAACCAGAAUAUUGUGGUCAGAGGGUAUGCGAUUGGGUAUGGUGUAGGUAGCCCUCAUGCCCAGACCAUCAAGGUGGACUACAAGCAGCGAUAUUACACCAUUGAGAACUUGGAUCCCAGUUCCCAUUAUGUCAUAACUCUGAAAGCUUACAACAAUGUUGGCGAAGGAAUCCCACUCUAUGAAAGUGCAGUGACCAGGGCAUAUACAGACACUUCUGAGGUUGAUUUAUUUGUUGUUAAUGCUCCGUACACUCCAGUGCCAGAUCCCUCCCCCAUGAUGCCUCCAGUGGGAGUUCAGGCCUCUAUCCUGAGCCAUGAUACCAUUCGACUCACCUGGGCAGACAACUCUCUGCCAAAGAACCAGAAGGUCUCCGAUGCCCGUUACUAUACAGUCCGUUGGAAAACCAACAUUCCGGCAAACACAAAGUACAAGAUUGCAAAUACCACCACCUUAAGCUUCUUAGUGACUGGCUUGAAACCAAAUACCUUGUAUGAAUUUUCUGUGAUGGUGACGAAGGGCCGAAGAUCAAGUACUUGGAGUAUGACAGCACAUGGAACUACCUUUGAACUAGUUCCAACUUCUCCUCCGAAAGAUGUGACAGUGGUGAGCAAAGAAGGGAAGCCUCGAACAAUCAUAGUUAACUGGCAGCCGCCAUCCGAAGCCAAUGGCAAAAUUACAGGAUAUAUCAUUUACUACAGCACAGAUGUCAAUGCCGAAAUACACGACUGGGUCAUUGAACCUGUUGUCGGAAACAGACUAACCCAUCAGAUUCAAGAGCUGACCCUCGACACAGCCUAUUAUUUCAAAAUUCAGGCCCGCAACUCCAAGGGCAUGGGCCCUAUGUCGGAGGCAGUACAAUUCAGGACGCCAAAAGCUGAAACAUCAGAUAAAAUGUCUAAUGAUCAAGCUUUGGGAUCUGCCGGAAAAGGGAGCCGGCUCCCGGAUGGGGGAACAGACUAUAAACCUCCCAUGAGUGGAAGCAACAGCCCCCAUGGAAGCCCUUCUCCUCUGGAGUACAAUAUGCUUCUGGUCAUUAUAGUGUCAGUGGGAGUCAUCACCAUUGUAGUCGUGGUGAUUGUGGCCGUGUUCUGUACCCGUCGCACCACGUCCCACCAGAAGAAGAAGCGAGCGGCUUGCAAGUCUGUCAAUGGGUCUCACAAAUACAAAGGGAAUUCCAAGGAUGUGAAACCCCCUGAUCUUUGGAUCCAUCAUGAGCGACUUGAACUGAAACCCAUUGAUAAAUCUCCUGAUCCCAAUCCAGUCAUGACCGACACCCCGAUCCCACGAAAUUCCCAAGAUAUUACUCCAGUUGACAAUUCCAUGGACAGCAAUAUCCAUCAGAGACGGAACUCGUACAGAGGACAUGAGUCAGAAGAUAGCAUGUCCACACUUGCAGGAAGGAGGGGAAUGAGACCAAAAAUGAUGAUGCCAUUUGAUUCUCAACCACCUCAACCCGUGAUUAGUGCUCAUCCCAUCCAUUCCCUUGAUAACCCCCACCAUCAUUUCCACUCCGGCAGCCUCGCUUCUCCAACCUGCAGCUACCUUCAUCACCAAGCAAACCCAUGGCCUGCGGGCACAUCCUCCGUGUCCCAUUCAGACAGGGCUAAUUCCACAGAAUCCAUUCGGAAUACUCCCAGCACAGACACCAUGCCAGCUUCCUCUUCCCAGACGUGUUGCGCUGAGCACCCGGAGCCAGAGAGCGCAGCAGGGCCCUACCUGUCUGGGACUCAGGAAGAAGAGUCAGGUCCCAACCUCCCCACGGCUCACGUCCGGCCCUCUCACCCCUUGAAGAGCUUCGCGGUGCCAGCCGUCCCUCCCUCUGGGGCCACCUAUGACCCUGCCUUGCCAAGCACACCUUUACUAUCCCAACAGGCUUCCAGCCAUCCAGUCCAUUCAGUAAAGACAGCAUCCAUUGGCACUCUAGGCAGAACUCGGCCUCCGAUGCCAGUUGUCGUCCCAAGCGCUCCUGAAGUCCAGGAAACUACCAGGAUGCUCGAAGACACAGAAAGUCAAAGUGAAAAUGGAGUGGGGACAUCUCAGUAGUAACACAGUCCAUCCGAUCCAUGUGGCUUUGCUGCCAUGACCAAUAUCCGCAUGUAUUGGACAUGGCAUCCCUUUCUCCUCCAACCCUUCCCUUCCCUCCCGAAACAAUGCGGCUCAUCUUGUCCAGUAACCCUGUUAAAUCUCCUGCAGAAUUACGAGCCGGAUGAGCUGACCAAAGAGAUGGCCCACCUGGAAGGACUCAUGAAGGACCUUAAUGCGAUCACGACCGCAUGACCGCCUUCCCCUGGGAAAGGACCCUGGACCCCGUUUCGUGGGUCUCGAGACUUAGCCUUGGAUCGCAAGGACAUGUACAGAGACAUAGGGGGGCAGCACAAGAAGGACAUCCAACCAGCCGCUGCAUCAGAGCCAGCGCUGGCAAACUAAGUGGCUUUUUCUGCCCGUUGCCCCAAAGUGACCCCGUUGGGAAAUGGGAUCCUGCUAGGAGAUGGGGGGCAAUGGCUCAGGCUGAUGAGACCCAGCAUCCAGACAAAGAAGUGGACUUAGCAUUAAUUUGAGUCAGGUUUUGUCUCCGUGCUGUGACCUGCCCUGGUUUUUUCAGUGUUGGACAUUCGCAUUUAUGUACAAUUUUCCCCCUGUUUGCGUGUUUUUAUUUUAUUGUAUCUUUUUUUAUUAAAACAUGUAAUCUGAGAGAAAAAACCCCCCACCCCAAUUUGUGUUGUUCCCUCCUCCCCCCACAGCCUAGACCGAUGUUGGAUUGCUUGUUCUAUUGUAUGCGGGAAUUCAUUGCCAGCGUGGGUUGUUCCGGUUUUUGUUUUGUCGGUUUGUCUGUAUAGCUGCAUCACUUUCCAGCAGUUUAAUCCAUGGCCUUGGGGGAUGCUGCAUUGCUCUUUGUACGCUUUUUAUUUUUUAUUUUUAUAUUAUAAUAAUUAUGAAAAAAAGCCUCACUGUGAGAUCAGAUAUCUGGAUUGAAAUGUAACACUAAGAUUCUUGGAUAUUUUUUUUUUUGUUGCAACCCCAAUUUAUUCAUAUCAGUUGUUCUAACCAUCUCCAAGUAAAGGCUGUUUGGACUGUUUUGGACUGCAACUCCCACCAUUCCUAACAGCCUCAGGCCCUUUCCUUUUCCCCCUCAGCCGCUUAAGCGGCUGAGGGGGAAAAGGAAGGGGCCUGAGGCUGUUAGGAAUGGUGGGAGUUGCAGUCCAAAACAUAUGAAGAGCCAUAGUUUGCCCAUGCCUGUCCUAGUACAUGCCCAAAUAGAUAAAUGUAAUAGUACAUUGAACAAGUCCCCUAUGAAAGUGAAAAAGCAUCACAGAAAUUGCCCAGUUUGUACAUUACCUCUGCUCAUACGAGCAAACAGAUGGAAUAUCUCAUGUGAACAACAACAACAAAAAAUUAUGUGAACCAACCCAUGAAAUAGAUCAUAGACUGGUUGAAUUGCUCUUCCUUUACCAUUUGCCUUGUAAGCUAGUCGUUCGGGUUGUCUGGUGACUAAAUCACCAGGAGUAUUUCCUUGAGAAAUACCCUCCUGUUAUAAGGGAAGGUCCUACAGGAUCAGAUGCCACAAGUGUGUCUUAGCGAUAGAGCUUUCCAUGUAUUUUCAAGGUUUUUUAAAAACGACUCUUCUUCACACAGUGCAUUUUGGUCUUUCAAACUGUAGUGGUCAAUGAUUGUGGGCCACCUUCCUUUCGUAGCUAUACAUCAUCCCAAAGGUUUCAGAAAACUACCUUCAGGUGCUGAUUCCCGUUCGGAAGACAGUGCCUUUGUAGACUUAUUCUAAAAACAUAUCAAGAUGGAAGGGUAAAAUGUUUGUGACUUAAAUGUUGCACCAGCCAGUGAAAGGGGGGAAAGCAGACAUUUGAUAAACUUUGGUUUCUUGUCUUCCACCUUCUGGGAUGGAGCCCCGGUAGUGCAGUUGGUUAGACUCUAAAGGUUGGGUUGCUGACCUGAAGUCAGUUCGAAUCUGUGAGACAGGAUGAGCUCCCGUCUGUCAGCUCUAGCUUGCGGGGAUAUGAGAGAAGCCUCCCAGCAGGAUGGCUGGGUGUCCCCUGGGCAACGUCUCUGUAGACAGCCAAUUCUCUCACACCAGAAGCUACUUGCAGAAUAUUCUCAAGUCGCUUCUAACACGAUUAAAAAAAAAAAAACCUUCUGGGAUGGUGACGUAGCCUGAGAGAGAAGAAACCAGUAGUAGUUGGGUUGUUUUAAAGCCUAUUUUGGAAUUCACUUGCCGAAAUGGGAUGGUAGAGCAAGGCAAAGAUCUUCAGGUAGUUUUAGGUGGCAAAUUUGUUUCAAGCAGAUUUAUAUAUCAAUCUUAUAUAUUCACGUAUCAACUCAGAGCAUUGGACUCUGAGGAGACCAGGAAGAACCAGUGCCAGAGGUUUUACUGAACUUUUUAUUCUGACUUUUGUAUACAGUAAUGACAUUUGUAAAACCCAGCCUCUGUUACUUAUUACAAAGCAGUAUUGAGGAGGAAUGGCUUUCCAAGGAAGUUCUAGUUAGUGGGAGUAGAAAUCUGUAACUCUUGCCUUUUUGUUUCAGCACAGUGCUUUUCCCUUCUAAACAGUUUGAGAUCUGCAUUUGCUUUUGGCCAUGUGUAAGUGAAUGCUACUUCAGAGAAUUCUUGGAACAAACUAUGAAAAAAAAGGAUUGCUGACAUUUCCUUCAGGAUGCUAAAACUGACCCUCUGUUGAAGGAUUAAUUCAUUCUGUAGCAUAUUCAGAUGUAUUGUUAUGCUGGAUUUGAACAAUAAGCCAUCGACUUUAAAAUACUGUAUUGAUUUUUUACAAUGAUACGAAAAGUGCCAUGAAAUGUGAAAAGUAGUCCUUCUAGCUCCAUGUUCUGUCUUCCAAGGGUAACCAUCAUAAUGCCUCAUAUAUUUCGAAGUGUAGCAUUAAGGCAUUAACUCUUUCUCACCGUAAUCCUUAAUUCUAGGAGAUUAACUGGAUGCUUCUUUAUGGUUGGGACAGUAAAAGCCCAAUGUCUGAGCAAACUGGCACAGCUGGAAAAAUAGAAAUUUGACCAAAUUCAGUCUCUGUCUUGGAUCCAGUUAUGCGCUGGGUGAAUAUGUGAUGAAGUUGUGGGUUGGCGGUAUAUAUAUAAAUGCAAAUAAAGGAGUAGGAUGCACUCCUCAUAGAUCAGGAACACCAGGGACAUUUUCAGUAGGAUUCUUAAAAACUUUUAAUGUUCAAAAAAGUAGCAGUUUGGUUUUCUGGAGUUGAGCUUAAAGUAUGAUCCAAGACCCUAUACAAGCAAGGUGUGCCUUGGGCAACAUUCAUCGGAAAAGUGUGAUAUAAAAUUGAAUAAAAGCAUUUCUCAAAAUGGGCUUUCAUUUGUGGGACAGGGAGUGUUCUGCAUGACUGUUUUUCAGUAGUACUGUACAAUGUCAUUGCAGCAAAGGACAGGAACUUUUUCCUCACUGUUGGACUCUCUCUCCACAUCCUUGGUGCACGCAUUCAAUUCAUCGGAUGCAUACGUUUCUCUUGUUCAACCUAUACCCAAAGAUACGCCAUCAUGCGUACUCAGUAUUCUUACCCCCCACUGGUGGAUUUUUGUGAAUAUAAUGCUACUUAGGUAGAAUAUGAUGAAUGUCGAUAUCGCCAUGAAUCUGGAAAUGCGGGCGGGGGAUAUUUUUAAUAAUAAAACAACUGUUCAAAGUUGAUUUUUUUAAAGGUUGAAUCAGAAAAAAUGAGACAUUUAUUCAAGUCAAUGUACUAUAUGUAUUGCACUUUUUCACAUUUUAACACUGUUUUUUACAUACCUUGUGACUUAAAUUUGGAGCAUUGUGUAUCUUGUAGUGUCAUGGCUAAACGGCUACGUUGGCCGCUUCCUCCGACGGAAAAUGGGGGGGAGGCUCUGUAUAUUGUUUUACAGUUCUGAUGUAGGAGCGUUCUGAGGACUGCUGUAAACUUGUAACUUUCUGUACAUUUUUUUCUGUAGUAUUUGCUGUAUUCGCGACAAGAUUUUUAAUACUGUCAUGUUUAUUAUUUGGUAUUGGGCAUCCAAUACACUUUUUUUAAUCUAAUGAA